UUCGCGUCGCCUUGAGCUCAGCUUCAGCCCUACGAACUUUUUCCCGAGUUCGCCCCACCAUCCCACCACAACCCCGCGACACGCCUCAAUUACACGCGCCGAAAAUGGAAGACGAUCGAGCCGCUACGAAUCUUGGGCCGUCAGUCGAUGAGGGGAUCCCGGAUGAGCCUAUUCAUGUUCCCAGGCAACCAAAGCGACGUUUUGUAGGAAGAAAAGCGGCAGAGGCGUCGACGAAACCCGCCGAUCCAAAUGCAAGCAUCGAAGAUUCAAGCGCGAUACAAGUGGCACAACCUCGUCGUACUGCCCGCGCGCUGAAUUCAAUCCCCGACUCGAUUCUUCACGACGCCGACAUCAACGAUGCCAUAUCCCUCCUCCCUCCCAACUACAAUUUCGAAAUCCACAAAUGUAUACACCGAAUACGCACUUCGGGGGCGAAGUCUAUUGCACUUCAAUUCCCUGAGGGUUUGCUGUUGUUUGCGACCACCAUAUCAGACAUCUUGACGCAGUUUUGCCCCGGCAUAACAACGCUCAUCAUGGGGGACGUAACAUACGGCGCAUGUUGUAUUGACGACUUCACCGCCCGCGCGCUGGGAUGCGAUCUACUGAUACACUACGCACACAGCUGCCUGAUCCCUGUGGCAGUCACCAAAAUCCAAACACUCUACAUCUUCGUCUCCAUUGGAAUCGACACGCAGCAUCUCCUUAACACUAUAACACAAAACUUUCCUACCGGGAAAACAAUAGCGUUAGUCGGUACUAUACAGUUCAAUUCGACCCUCCACGGCGUAGUCUCCACGCUUCGCCGCGAAGGUUAUAACCCUAUUGUGCCUCAGAUCGCACCACUUUCCAAAGGCGAGAUCUUGGGUUGCACUUCACCAGCCAUGGCCAUAAAACCAGGUCAACUAGAUUCCAAAGGGAAAGAGGAGCCCGUGCCCGAUCUCCUUCUCUACCUCGGCGAUGGGAGAUUCCACCUCGAGAGUGCUAUGAUAGCCAACCCUUCUUUGCCCGCCUAUCGGUACGACCCAUACUCCCGACGUCUAACACACGAGACUUACGAACACACGUCUCUCUACACACUCCGCCGUACGGCGAUUCUGACAGCGCGGAAAGCGCGCACGUGGGGCAUUAUUCUCGGUUCUCUUGGGCGACAGGGGAACCCCCACACUCUGACGCUCAUUGAGAACGAACUGAAGCGCCAGGGCUUGAAGAGCGUUAAUUUGCUAUUGUCCGAGAUCUUUCCCGGUAAAUUAGCCAUGAUGGCGGACGUAGAGGCCUGGGUGCAGAUUGCGUGUCCCAGAUUGAGUAUUGAUUGGGGGUAUGCGUUUUCGCGCCCCCUCUUGAGCCCGUAUGAGGCGCUUGUUGCGCUGGGUGUUAAAGAUGCGCCCUGGUUGGAUGAAGAGGAGGGUACUGGAGAGAUGAAGGAGCGGAGAAAUCUGUAUCCAAUGGACUUUUAUGCGCGAGAAGGGUUGGGGAGGACGACUGUGGAACAUGUCAAGGCUGCAGAGGUUGAGAUAAGGGGAUAG